UCAUGGGGACACGGCGUUGGCCCAGCCUGGAGCACGGGUUCCUGGGGCCGGGGCAGAGCGGACACAACCUCUGCGAGAAGGGGCAAUUAGUGAGCCCUGUCCGACAGGCCUUUGCAGCGCCCCGCGCAGAACAACGGCAGCUCUGCACAAAGGCGAUGUGACGGGCGCCGCCAUCUCCCGCCCUUGCGAGCUGCAGCCCAGCCGGCCGGGACGGAAGAGACGUCAGGCAGAAGGGGAGGAGAGAACAGAGUCUUUGGUUGCGCCUCUUGACAGACGCAGGUUUGAAGAGGAAACAGCAUGGGCAAGAAGCGCAAAGGUUCCCUGCAGCGAGAGGCUGCCAGCAAGAAAUUCAAGGGAGAGCCUGCUGCAGCAGCCACCAGGACCCCCCAAACUCCCAGGCGAGAAUCAGAGGAUGAUUUUGAAGAGGAAAAGCCCAGUAUGAAGAAGAAUCUCUCAAAAGUUCCUGGUGGAAAUAAGAAGAAGAAAGGAGAUUGUGACACUGAAGUUCAUAGCCUACCAGGUAGAUCUUCAAGGCAAAAAGGAGCAAAAUCAGUAGCAAAGGAGGAAAAUAACAUAGCUGUAAAAAACAAAGGGAAUCAUAACAAAGGGGAAAUGUGCAGCGCUUUAUCGAGCCCCUCUCAGAAGACGACUUUGAAGAGACAAUCAACUAUUAAAAAAGAAAUGAAUGAAGAUGAUGAUGAUGAUGGAAGUGAGGAUGAGUGGGAGGAUGUGGAAGAACUCGAAGAUCCUGUCCUGGAUAAGUCAGGAGAAGCUGCUGCCCUUCCUGCACUGGUGUUGCCCAGCAAACCAGUUGAGAUAGAAAUUGAAACUCCAGAGCAGGCAAAGAAAAGAGAGAGAAGAGAGAAAAGGAAAGCUGAGUUUGAGACCUAUCUCCGGAGAAUGAUGAAACGCUUCAACAAGGAGGUUCAUGAAGAUACACAUAAGGUUCACCUACUAUGUUUGCUAGCAAAUGGUUUCCAUAGGAACUGGGUCUGCAACCAGCCAGAUCUUCAGGCUAUUGGCCUUUCCAUCAUCCCCACCCACUUCACUAAAGUGCCUGCAGGUCGUGUAGACCUUCUCUACCUCUCCAACUUGGUGAAAUGGUUUGUUGCAACCUUCACUAUCAACACUGAACUCUCUGUUGAUGAUCGAGAGAGCGUGCAGUCCACUUUAGAGAGGCGCUUUGCAAUCUACGCUGCAAGAGAUGAUGAAGAGUUGGUCCAUAUAUUUUUACUUAUUCUACGAGCGUUACAGUUGCUGUGCCGGCUUGUGCUGUCUCUGCGACCCAUACCCCUGAAAGAGCCAGCGGGAAAGGGCAAGAGCUCCUGCAAGAAGCACUCUGCCAAAAAACCUAAGGCUCCAUCAAGAAAAAGCUCCUGCAAAGCAGCCAAACAACAGGAGACUCUGUCAGGGAGUGAAGGAGAUUGCAAGGAAUCAAACACCUCUGGAACCAAAAGGAAAAGUAAGUCAAAGGUGAUCAAGGAUUGCCAGGAACAAAAGGAAUCCAGUGAUGAUGAAAGCAACCUGGGGGAAGAGGAAGGAGCACACAUGCCCAGAAACAACUGCCGACGAAGAGUGACCUUGAAAGUGUCUUACAAAGAGGAGAGUGGAAGUGACGAGGGCAGUGAUUCUGAGUUUGAGGCUUCGGAGGAGGAGGACAGUCAUUUCUCUGAUGAGGAUUUUGAAACUGUCUCUAAGAAGCAGAGGAGAUCAUCGGGGCCCCAUAAAGCAAGGAUAGCAGUUGAAAACAGCAGGAAAACCAGGUCUUUGGAAUCAAAGGGGCCCAAGAAGUCAGGUGGAAAUGAGCAAUUGCUGGCAAAAGCAGCUUCUCCAGGCUCUUCUAAUACACCCAGGAAGAGCAACAAAAUCAUCUCUAGUGACGAUGAUGAGGAGCAGGAGGUGGUGAAAGUGACAGGCACAGAUCAGUGGUUGGAAAUCUUUGUUGAGCGGGAAGACAGGUGGGUGUGUGUGGACUGUGUUCGUGGCAUCGUUGGCCAGCCCUCUCUGUGUUUCAAAUAUGCCACCAAGCCAGUUUCCUAUAUUGUGGGGAUUGACAGCAAUGGGCACGUAAAGGACCUAACACAAAGGUAUGACCCAGCAUGGAUGACUUUGACAAGGAAAUGUCGUGUGGAUCCCCAGUGGUGGGAAGACACGCUGGAACCAUAUAGAAGCCCCUUUGUGGAAAGAGAGAAGAAGGAAGAAAGGGAGUUUCUAGUUAAGCUUCAAGACCAACCGCUGCCGACAGCCAUUGGAGAGUAUAAAAAUCACCCUCUUUAUGCAUUGAAGAGGCAUAUUCUGAAAUAUGAGGCCAUCUACCCUGAGACUGCUGCUAUCCUAGGAUACUGCAGAGGAGAGGCGGUAUAUUCCAGAGACUGUGUGCACACACUGCACUCCCGGGACACCUGGCUGAAGCAAGCUCGAGUGGUGAGGAUUGGGGAAGUGCCCUAUAAGAUGGUGAAAGGAUAUUCCAACCAGGCAAGGAAAGCACGACUGGCAGAGCCUUCAAACAGGGAGAAAAACGAUUUGGGGCUGUUUGGCCUGUGGCAGACGGAAGAGUACCAGCCUCCUGUGGCAGUCGAUGGAAGGGUUCCCCGGAAUGAAUAUGGAAACGUGUAUCUCUUCCUGCCCUGUAUGUUACCAAUAGGCUGUGUGCAGCUAAAGCUUCCCAACCUGCAUAGAGUGGCACGGAAACUGGACAUUGACUGUGUUCAAGCCAUCACUGGAUUUGAUUUUCACGGUGGCUACUCGCACCCAGUUACUGAUGGCUACAUAGUCUGUGAAGAAUACAAAGAGGUGCUCAUCGCAGCCUGGGAGAAUGAGCAGGCAGAGAUAGAAAAGAGGGAAAAGGAGAAAAGAGAGAAGAGAGCACUGGGGAACUGGAAAUUGCUGGCAAAAGGACUUCUCAUAAGAGAGAGACUGAAACAACGCUACUGCAGAAAGAGUGAGGCAUCCGGCUCCAUGAUGGAGAAAGGAGCUGGAUUUUCUUCUGAUGAAGAAGGGAAGCCAAGCUCAGAGACUCCAGCCGAAGAUGUGGUUGUUUCUUGGCCUCAGAAUCGGCAAGUGGAUGAACCAAAAAAAGAGAAAAAAGGCAGAAAGAGCAAGCGUGAAAGGAGAGGAGAAGUAGCGCACUUGUUCCCCUUUGAGAAGUUGUGACCAGAACUGAGUGCUAAACCCUUUACAUUCAAUUCCCCGAUGCAAGGACGAAGGUGGUUUCUUUAAAAGUAUCUUGUAAAUAAUUUCAGAGCUAGAAAAUGUUUGCUACUAGUUGCCUACUUGGGACUGAAUGAGUCAUAAUUAUAUAACUAGAGCAAAGCAGAUGUGGCGGUAGAUAAAAAUACAUCACAACAGGAGCAUGCCAGCCGGUGUGUGUUUUCAGCCCUCCAGCGUAUAAGCAUUUCUGGUGGUCAGAGGUGGACUGUCUCCAUAGUGUAAUCUCAAGCCUUUCUCCCUAAUCCAGUAUUAAGAAUUCUAAAAAGAUGAAACUGGAUUUAUCAUUUCUUUUGGAGUCAUGGGUAACCUUUUUAUUGGUGGAGUCUGUGAGGAACAGACUUGUAGAUAUCAUAUACCUUCUGAGAAGAGUGACCUAUUGCAGCUGUUCUCCCCCUUUGACAAGUAUUGUCACCCCUGCAGUAUACCUAUUUCUGCAUCACUUUCACAAUCUCCUUCCCCCAAGUCUUGUUUACUGACAAACAGAAGCAUGUGUAGCUGCUAUCCAGGAGUCCCUUGUGUACUCUGUUAUUGGCCUAUUAUUGCUAUAGGUAGUUAACCUGUAUUGUUUCAAAUCAGCAGUGCAAUAGAUUUUUAUUCACAUUUGUAGUCUAUCCCAAGGUGGGAAAUGUAAAGAAUCAGGUAGCACCUCAGAGCCAUGUUUUGCAUAGGACAGAUUUCUUUAAGCGUAGUUUUGACUUAUUUUACUUUUCAGUCCUUGAUCUUUUCCCUGCCUCCAUAAUCCUUUCUAGAGAGAAAGGUCUUGAGAUAAUUUGGGACACUGUCAUGUUGCAUUUUUUAAAUAUUUUUUUAUAUUGUCACCACCUUAUCAUUAAACUAAAAUAACUUGUCACCCUUAAUGUUUAUUCACUGUCUGCAUCUGGCAUAGCUUGGACAAUGAAAGCAGACAAGGAACUUUUAGUUUGGGGCAAAAUUUGCAAGAGCACCAUGGCCAGAAGUAAGUCAGUGGGACUUGAGCACUUUUGAAACUGUUACCCAUUGUCUAUACAUAACAAGUUUCACUUUCUCUGCAGCACUGUAAAGGAAUGUUUAAAUCCAUGCAAACUGUUUAUGGGACUUUUUUUAAAAUGAAAAAUGAUGUAGACUAAUUAUUUUUAGAAAACCUAUAGUUGGGCCUAAAUUUCUCUUUAAGAACACUCCUAGUUAUGGUGGGAAUACAGUAAUGUUAAGAGCCUGCUGCUUCCUUGCCUUAUGCCACAAGCUCAAACUCAUUGUAAUCCUAGUGGAGAAGUUAAAAAUGCCAGAAAAAAAAGUUUUAGUACUUAUGUAUAUUUAGAAAUAUUUUUAUACUGAAUUUUUGGAAAAAAAUAAAGUUUGCAAAGAUCAA